AUGAUUAAGAGAGUAAGAGACGCUUACGGUGAUGAGUCUUCUUCAUCGGAAUCUGAAGAGUUUCACCGGAGAAACAUCCGGCUGAAGGUGAAGAUACCGGAUGAAAGAAGUGAAGAUGAUGAGGAUGAGUCGUCUACUCAGCAGCAGCUUCCGCAGAGAAAACACUUCUGUGUGAUUUGUAAGAAACAGUUUAGCUCUGGUAAGGCUUAUGGUGGUCACGUUAGGAUCCACUCGACUGAGUACAAUAACAAGGGAAAGAUGAAGAAGAAGUUGAAGAUGACGAAGAAGAAUAAGAGAAAGAUUGGUUUGGUGAAGAAAGACAAAGAGAAAGAGAUAGAUCUGAUUAGUACUGACAUGGAAGGUAAGAUUAGGUGUUGUCUUUGUGGAAAAGCAUUUCAAACGAUGCACUCUUUGUUCGGACAUAUGAGGAGACAUCCUGACCGGAGUUGGAAAGGUAUACGACCUCCUCCACCACAAGACAAGUUCAAGCUCAGCUAUUUGGGUGAUGAUAAUGACGAUGAUGAUGAUGAUGAUGAGGAGGAGGAUGGUGUGAUGAGUAGAUCCAUGAUGAUGAGUCAUGUGACCGCUGAUGUUCGAGAAGCUGCUUGUAUUCUUAUGAUGAUCGCUUACACUUCAAGCAAGUACUGGGAUGGGAUGAAGAAGGCUAUGGAAUCACCUAAAGCCGAGGUAAGAAGUUCAAGUUGCUACAAAGAAAAAGAUAAGGUAUUAGGUGAUGAUGGGAUGGAUGAUAAGAAGGGUUUGAUUGUAGAUAUGAAGAUAAAGAUGGAAAUUGAAGUGGAGGUGAAUGAUUCUCCAGAUGAAACUAAGAGCUCCUUAGGGUUUGAUCUCAACGAGCCUCCUUACCAUGAAGAUCAUUCUUAUUCCGGUUGAAACUAGUUUGGAUAUCAAUCCAUGGAGAUGUUUUUUAGUAUUCAAGUUUCAACAUAUCGCUCUAUGAAUUUUACAUAUAUGCAUGUUUUAUCACUA